UAUUAUUGCAGACUAAACCGAAACGUGCAGUACAUCGCUACAACACACUGACAAGCUACGAACUAAACUUUCAAAUAGCGUCUUACAUAAUGGUGGAUAACUGCAAGAUAUAUCAUACGUUGUGUGCGUAACAGUGUAACGUUUGUUAAUACUUCAACCAGAAAGAGGUUAAACUUAACUUUCUCCACUGUUCUCAUCGACGACGGCAAUGAUUACGACAUAGCCGCCAUCUACAAUCACCGAUUUGGGUGAAAGUGAAAGUGCUCGUCGAUGAAACCGGUGGUGUAAUCAAGGAGAUUCACGUAGCGGAAUAGAGAUCGCUUUUCCUGAGGGUUUUGAGACAUUGACGCCGGUUCGGAUGGUUUUGAAAACAUUCCUAUAUCAAGAAUAGCAGAACAGUUACAAUGGAGAGUAGUUGGAACAAUUUAUCUUUACGAGUGUUGCUUUGGAUGGUGUCAUGUGGAAUAGUAUUCGGACAAGGGUGUAGCCCGAAUCCUUGCUUGAAUGGAGCCCUCUGCGUUGAGAAUGACGACGGAUCAGCAUUCUGCCAGUGUACAUACGGGCCUAACGAUGUGUUCCAUGGUGAAUUUUGCCAGGAAAGAUUAGGGAAUGGCGAUGGAUGCUCACAGCACUUUUAUACGAAAUCAGGAACAUUGACAUCCCCAAAUUAUCCGGGUUUGUACUUGUCCAGCACGGAAUGCAAUCAUCUCAUUGGUUAUCCUGGAGGGAAGAAGGUUCGAAUCGCUUUCAACGGGCACUUGGACAUCGAGGCAAACAAGGAUGAGCUCCUGAUCGCACCAGGGCCUUUGAUUAACAUCGACAUCGACCCUUCUUUAAGUGUUCUAUUCAGCAAUGACCGGAUCGACUCGCCGCCCGAUCUCAAUUUCACCUCCGACAUCAUCUGGGUGAACUUCUUCACAGAUAGGAAUAUUGAGAGGAGUGGCUUUAGUUUUUCCUGGCUCUUUGACGGGGAUGAGUGUAUUGGUGACCCAUGCAACCCGGGGCAAGCCUGCAUCGAUUUGGAAUUUAGCUUUACCUGCGUUGAUAUCAACGAAUGUGCGAGCGAUCCUUGUUUGAAUGGUGGUACAUGUGUGAAUGGUGAUAACUCCUUCAGUUGCCUCUGUCCCAUAGGAUUUAGGGGUGUCAGAUGCGAAGAAAUCAUUGACCCGUGCCUUACUUUGCCCUGCUCCAACGGUGGAAUAUGUCAGUCAACCCGCCUUGACUUUACUUGUACAUGCAUCAAUGGAUGGACAGGACCGACGUGUGAAGAAGACUUGAAUGAAUGCCUGAGCGCCCCGUGUCAAAAUGGUGGCACUUGUAACAAUGGUCGUAACAUGUACACGUGCACAUGCGCACCAGGAUGGACAGGGACCGACUGUGAUACCGAAACUCUCGAAUGUUCUUCUGGCCCAUGCCUGAAUGGUGCUCAGUGUUUCGAGGGUACCAACGCGUAUGCCUGUUUUUGUGUUCCUGGGUUUACAGGCGUAAACUGUGAGAUGAAUAUCGAUGAAUGUGCAAGCACGCCAUGUAUGAAUGGUGGUGGAUGUAUUGAUGAUGUCAACCGGUAUAUUUGCUCCUGUCUGCCCGGCUACCAAGGCGUUCACUGCGAAGAGAAUAUUGACGAGUGUUCUAGUAAUCCUUGUCUCAAUAGUGGUACAUGUACUGAUAGCAUCAACAAUUUUGUCUGCACAUGCCCACCCGGGUAUACAGAUUCUAUCUGCAGUACUGAAAUCAACGAGUGUGCAUCAGACCCGUGUGUCAAUGGACUCUGUUUAGAUGAAGUCAAUAGUUACUCAUGUGUGUGUACCCCAGGAUGGACUGGCAUCAACUGUGACAUUGAUAUCAACGAAUGUUUGCUAAAUGGUGGCGCCAAUCCAUGUCAAAAUGGAGGAACUUGUAUCAAUGGUCAGAAUACGUACACGUGUAUGUGUCGACCAGGAUACACAGGAGUGAACUGUGAAGUCGAUAUCAACGAGUGUGCCUCCAAUCCUUGUUUCAACCUCGGAACCUGUAUCGAUGGGGUCAACUUCUACACGUGUAACUGUCAGCCCGGAUUCGAAGGAACAAACUGCGGAACGGAUAUCAACGAAUGCGCUUCAAACCCCUGCUUCAAUGGAGGCAUCUGCACAGAUGAAGUGAAUAGUUUCAGAUGUACGUGCCCCGUCGGGUAUCAAGGAGAUAGGUGCGAAAGUGAUACACCUGACUGCCAGCCAAAUACGUGCUUAAAUAAUGGAGUGUGUCAGGAUCUCACCAAUGCAUUCCAGUGCAUCUGCCUGCCUGGUUGGACUGGAACAAGAUGCGAGAUAUCGGUCGAUGAGUGCGCGUCGAGUCCUUGCCAACAUGGUGGAUCUUGCCUGGACCAACACCUAGGUUAUCUCUGUGCCUGUAGCGCGGGAUACAUCGGCACUAACUGCGAACAAGAAAUCAAUGAAUGUCAGAGUGAUCCUUGUCUAAAUGGUGGCGCAUGCGUAGAUGGUAUCAACAUGUUUACAUGUAACUGUAUGCCAGGAUGGGCUGGAGACAUUUGUGAAGUCGAUCUCGACGAAUGUGCGAGCUCACCGUGUCAGAAUGGAGGAAUAUGUAUCGACAGGCCUAACUUUGCUUUCGAUUGUUUCUGCCAACCUGGGUGGGCCGGCACCUUCUGCGAACUUGAUGAGAACGAGUGUCAAUCGAUGCCAUGCUUGCAUAAUGGUACAUGUAUUAACGGUGCUAACAUGUACGCCUGUAUAUGUGCUCCUGGAUACACUGGGACUAAUUGUGCAGAGGACAUUAACGAAUGUACCAAUCAGUUAUGCAGUGGGCGUGGUCGUUGUAACAACCUGGUAGAUGACUUCUCAUGUACAUGCGAAGCUGGAUAUGAAGGAAGGGAGUGCGAAAACGAGGUGGACAAAUGCGCACCCAACCCCUGCCAAAACUCUGGAAUCUGCAACAAUUUCCUCACGUACUACACAUGUACGUGUGUAGUGGGUUGGGAAGGAGAAAACUGUGAUAUUAACACCAAUGACUGUCUGGGAAGCCCGUGUAACAAUGGAGGAACCUGUUUCGAUCAGGUCAAUGGAUUCACAUGUACAUGUACAGAUGGAUGGACGGGGCAACGAUGCGAUGUCAGUAUCAACGAAUGUGCAUCGUUCCCUUGUCAGAAUAAUGGAUUCUGUGUUGAUGGAGUUAAUCGAUAUGAAUGCAUAUGUCCCUCUGGUUUCACCGGUGUCAACUGCGAACAAUUGAUUGAUCAAUGCUCACCGCAGCCGUGUGUUAACAGCGGGAACUGUAUCAACAGAUCAACAUACUUCAACUGUGACUGUGCCCCUGGUUAUACGGAGUUUGACUGCAGUGUAGAGAUCGACGAGUGCAAAGAUACCCCGUGUCGGAAUGGUGGGAACUGCAUUGAUCUCGUGGCCAACUUCACCUGCAUCUGUACACCGGGAUACACUGGAAAGACAUGUAGUGGAGAUAUCAACGAGUGCCUUAGCAACCCUUGUCAGAACAACGCACGAUGUUUCGACCAAGUCAACGGUUACCAAUGUCAGUGCCUCCCAGGUUUCAUUGGAGACCAUUGUCAGACUGAAAUCGACGAGUGUGCCAGCGAUCCGUGCCUCAAUGGCGGAACAUGCAAGGACGAGGUCAACGGGUUUGAAUGCACAUGUACUGUUGACUGGACCGGACCACUCUGUGAGACAAGUUUGAGCGAAUGUGCUAGUGACCCGUGUGAGAAUGGAGGCACAUGCAUUGAGGGAGACAAUGCCUUCUCCUGCAUCUGUGGACCUGGAUGGGAGGGAGCAACGUGUGAAAUCGAUUUCAACGAGUGUCACAGUUCUCCAUGCCAGAACGGUGCAACAUGCAUCAACGGACAAAAUGAAUACACCUGCGACUGUACCGCGAUCUGGACUGGUCUCAGAUGUGAAAUGUCGGUCAAUGAAUGUGAAAGUGAUCCUUGUCAGAAUGGUGGAACAUGUCAAGACGUUAUAGGAGGAUACACCUGCUUCUGUGCAUCUGGAUGGACUGGAUCUCAAUGUCAAAUCGAUGUGGACGAGUGUGUCAGCAACCCCUGUAUGAAUGGAGCUACUUGUGACGAUCAAGUCAACAUGUAUCGGUGCAUUUGUACACCGGGGUUCAUGGGCACUCUCUGUCAAAUCAAUAUUGACGAAUGUGCUAGCAGUCCCUGUGUGAAUGGAGAAUGCGUGGAUGGUAUAGACGGAUACACCUGUUUCUGCAGACCCGGAUGGACUGGUGUACUCUGUGAUGAAGAUAUUGAUGAAUGUUUCAGUCAGCCCUGUGUGAAUGGAGGGACAUGUGACAAUCUUGAGAACAGAUACCAAUGCAGAUGUCUUCCAGGAUUCUCUGGACAGAACUGUCAAAACGAGGGUGAUGACUGUUCUGGGGUUCCUUGUCUGAACGGAGGUUUGUGUUUUGAUGGUGAUAACACCUUCACAUGCCAGUGUGUGUUGGGAUUCACAGGGACGCGAUGUGAAACAAAUAUCAAUGACUGUGAAACAAAUCCUUGUCAGAACGGUGGAAUUUGUGUGGAUCAAGUCAAUGCUUUCGUAUGCAUAUGUAUAUCAGGAUGGACAGGAACUAUCUGCGAUAGUAAUAUUGAUGAAUGUGCCAGCAGUCCAUGUCUGAAUGGACAGUGCGUUGACAUGGUAAAUGCGUAUACAUGUGUGUGCUACCCAGGCUUCAGAGGCGUUAUAUGCGAUGAGAAUGUGGAUGAGUGUGCGAGUAGUCCCUGUCUGAAUGGAGGAUCCUGUAUCGAUGAAGUUAAUGGUUUUAUCUGCCAGUGUCCUAUCGAAUGGGGUGGCGACAGAUGUGAACUGAAGGGAGAUUGCAACCGGAACUACACCAUCCCAUCUGACGGGGACCUGACCCUGAGCUCCCCCGGCUACCCUGCAAACUACGAGAACAACCAGUACUGCCUCUGGUUAAUCCAAACACCACCCGGCACUCACAUCCGUGUCUCCUUCAUGGCCAUGACCACCGAACUCAACUACGAUGCCGUGUCCAUCGGCAACGGCGAGGACAUCACUGACCUCGGUUCCCGUGUCAUCUACGCGUCCGGUUUGGAUGUUCCACCAUCUUUCUUGACGACUGAUAAUCUGGUUUGGACCCUAUUCACCUCGGACGGGAGCAAGACGGAGAGCGGGUUCAGAGUGUCGUAUGUCACCGUAAACAAUGCAGAUCUGAUCGACGAAUGUACAAGUAGCCCAUGUCUAAAUGGAGGUUCGUGUGUUAAUGGCCAGAACCGAUUCGACUGCAUUUGUGAUCGUUACUACACUGGAACUCUGUGUGGAACCUACAUCGAUGUGAAUGCAUGUGCAAGCGAUCCCUGUCCAGAAGGAACCCAGUGUUACAGUGAUGUUGAUGGCUACUCCUGUCUAUGCCCCCGUGAUUUCGAAGAUGAUGCUUGCCUCAUUGCACCUAUGACUGAACAGGGACCAUGUGAUGAGGAUCCCUGUGCUAAUGGUGCAACGUGCAUGGUGAAUGGUGACGGGUUUCAAUGCAUAUGCAUCACUGGAUGGACUGGGGAACGCUGUAAUAUGGAUAUCAACGAAUGUAGCAGUCAGCCAUGUGCGAACGGUGGAACCUGCAUCAAUGGGUUAGGCAUGUUUACUUGCCUGUGCUGUGAUAUAUUCAGAGGUGACCGCUGUGAAAUAAGUGUGGGUGACACUAUCUGCGACCCCAACCCAUGUCAGAACGGCGCCCUCUGUGUUCCACCUCAGGCUAAUGACAUACAGUAUACAUGUGUGUGUCCCGAUGGUUACAUUGGAGCAGACUGUGAAUUAGAAAUCGACGAAUGUGCUAGCAGCCCUUGUCUGAACGGCUAUGACUGCAUAGAUGAGGUGAAUGGCUAUGAAUGUAACUGUGAUACAAUUGCCAUGGGAUCCAACUGCCGGGGGACUCGCCAGGGUUGCCGUAGUUUCCCAUGCCAGAAUGGUGGUACCUGUAUUGAACCAUCCCGGGGAACCUUCAUCUGUAAUUGCCCCGAGGGCUGGAUUGGCGCCGAAUGCAAAACAGCUGAUCCUACAGCUAUAGUAUGUACUGAUACUACAAUCUGUCAGAAUGAUGGUAUAUGUAUCAAACAGAACGGCAUCGCGGAAUGUGUCUGUCCCAAAGGAUUCUCGGGGUCUAUAUGCUCUAUAUCUGAUACCGUAUGCCAAGGUCACCAAUGCAUGAACAAUGGAACGUGUGUUGCCAUUUCAAGCGAGGCUUAUGAAUGUCAAUGUGACCCGACUUCAUAUGAAGGACUCUACUGUGAGAAAGAAAUCGACCACUGUCGUUCCAACCCUUGCCAGAAUGGAGGAACAUGUAUGAAUCUACGAUCAAUCUUUGUGUGUGCGUGUCCAUCAGAUACGAUUGAUCUUUACUGCGAAACAAAAAUCGUUGCGCCGUCAGCAUUACCUCAGACAAGCCUGGAGCAAAACUGGAUAAUUAUCAUUGCUAUCCUAGGAUCAUUAGCAUUUAUUCUCAUCGUCGUACUCUUAAUAGCAGCCUGCCAUUUCUGUGGGCGGCGAGAGAAGAAACCAGAAUAGAUAAUUUAACAUUAAUAUUAAUACAUUGAUAUAUUGGAAUGUACCAAUGCUAUGUUGCUACAAUGCUACAAAAAUAAUAUCACCACCAUCAAAUGAAGCAGAUGAAUGGGAAGGGUUCAUAUUAUUAACAUCAUUAUAGUGAUUAAAUCACUAGUUUGAAGAGAUGUGAGUUGGUCUAGUGGUCUGCUCUCGAGUCUUCACAUAACGUGCAUAAACGACAUGGGUAGGUGCUAAUCCAAUAUGAUAAUUUUUGGAUAGAGACGCCAUAGGUUGCUCCCAUUUGGAAUUGUCAGAUCUGAUUGAUCAAGACUGGAGAAGAAAACAAAGUUUAUCCCACACACGCACUGAUUGUCCGGUUUUAUUUUUCAAUUUUAAAAAUUACGUAAUGUGGAAAAUUCCAUAAUCGUUGACGUAAUUGCGAAUCAAUGAGCUUCCAUUUAAUGUGUUUCUACCACUGUGCAAGUAGUUUGAAGUUUAAAGGUUUUUUUUCCUACAAUGUUUUGAUCUGCAAACUGAUUAUCAACAUGUAUAAAUAUUUUUUUUUGUCUGUCGAUAGCAAUCAGUUAUUUAGUUAUAUAUCUCAUAUAUUAAUGUUUGCCUUUUUCUUUUACGAUUUUGAUAUUGCAACUGAAUACAAUGAUUUUGUGUUUUUUUAUGUUAAGGCUAUAUUGAAAUAUUUUCACAUAAGAUAUCGUCUGCUUCAGUUCAAAGAUCUAUUUGUAUGCAUGUGAUGCUUUUUUAAACGUAGAAGGUAGAUAUACUUAAUAUAAUCUCAUCAUAUUGCAAGAGUCAUUGUGAAAAGUGGAAUGAGAUUUUAGGUCGACUGAUCCCAGAAGUUAUCUUCCCGGACAUGUGCAGCCUUGGCAAAUACAUCGUACAAUUAAAUCAUAGGGCAAUCACCAAUCACAGUGAUAAUGUUUUGUUUAAAGAAAUAUCGUACCAGAAGGGUGAUAGUUCCGGAAAGAUAAGUGUCUUGUAGUAACUGCAAUCGUCCGGGGUAUUCGUGUAGUAAUCGUCUCUCCGUGGGGGUAUCGUCUAGUUUAUAUUUUAAAGGAUGUUUAUGACUAAAGACAAUAUGUCUAUGAGGUAUUGUCAUAAAAGGACAACCAUUGUCCUGGUAUUAGUCGUCUAUAUAAUGAUUCUCUCUCUCGACGAUUGUGUCAAAUUUGUUGUUGUCCGGAAAUUUUACUACCCAAGUUAGGCAAUUGCCAGGGUGGGACAAUCACCCAGAUGUUAGCUGUCCGGCUAGGAAUUGUCAUAGCUGACUAAUGCAUACAUAUAUAUUCUCCAGGACACUCAUGCCGAUAAUGUGUAAGGGUCACUACGAAAUGGAAUGUUAUGAGUUAAUUGAAUGCUUCCAUGAGAGGUCAGGAACUAUUACAUCAAGAUUAAGAAGUGUGAUGGGGCCCAGAGUCCUAGACAUUAUUCAGGAAUCGGACAGCACAUUUUGAACAGUUACGACAGAGCUAUAAUUAUGUCAUUUUUUUUUCUCUCAGGACAUGUGUAAUUUUCAAUAUCUAUAACGUAACCCGGUUUUUUUUCGUAUCUCUGUUCCAUGUAUUAUUUUGUGUUUUGCAUAUUUCAUUUGUUUGACCACCACACAUUAUCACGAUAUUGAAGAGUUCACAAAUUACACAAAAACACAAAAUCACACGGAGGUUUGGUUAAUAACAAAAUUUGCACGAUAGCCGUAUUCGGAACUCGGGUUGAAUAUGAAAGGAGGGUUAGAUCUGUAGAUCAUGUAUCUAACACCUUUGUUAGAUUUAAUGUCUGCAUCUUUAAUCUACACGAGAGAUUUGAAACAAUUUUGAAAUGUUAAGAUUAUUUGACAAAUGUAACUAACAAAUUAAAGAAAUAGUACUGGACGUUUGAUUUUGAAGUAUAUUCAUAGAAUACUUUCUGAAAUAUCCUAAGUCGUAGAUAAAUGAUUGAAAUUGCUAUCAGUUUAAAUGAAUUAAGACAAUUUUUCAAUGGUUUCCAUUUGUAUGGAAAUAAAAAAUGUUCAUCGGUAAUUUGGAUGAUUUUAUCUUAUUUAUUUAUUCAUGUUGAUUUCUACUUAUCUUCUAAUUGUAUUCAUUUAUUAAAAUUAUAUCCGCUUUUACUCUCCUUUUCUUACUUUGUCAAUUUUAACCCGAGUUCAAAGUAAUGGCCCACAAGAACGGUAUUUAUUCACGUGCCAAUAUUUUUUUAUUGACGUUAUUGAUUUGGUUUGUCUCUCACCGUCACAUCACACUUAUUGUUUUAUAAAGAUGCAGUUCCCACGGUGCUAUAGGAGGUUCAACUCACCCACACCUACACAUCCACAAACGCAUUUGUAUGAAUGUCUUGUAUUGCUGUCUUGUAGCUCAUGAAAUCAUCAUGACAUAGGCAUUAACAUUAUUUAUAUGUAUAUUUGAAAUAAUUUACCCCCAAAGUGCCGUAUUCUUCAAAUUCAGUGAAAACCAUCAUGAGGGAUAAAAGCAUGUUGAAGAGAAUGGAAAGUAAACAUGCACUAUACUAGACCUUGUUUAAAUUGACUAUAAUACGGACCAUGGUAUUUAGAAUACUCUCUAGUUAUCAUGUGUUCGUUGUGAGUUUAUUUAUGCAAGUGUCGUGGUAAUAUUUCUGAAAAGUUCCUUUGUCGAAAUCAAAUGAAAUAAAUGAAAAUUAGCGGAAACCAUAACUAUUUAUAUUAGCUAUUUUACGUGAGUAAUCAUGCAAUUAUUUUUCAAAGAAAGGGGAAAUUUGUCCAAUGCACUUUUUGACACAGGUUCAAGAGUAAACGCUAAAUUACAAGAAUGGCAAUGGUACGUCCAAAUGAUUUUCUUCAUGUUUAUACUAGUAUUUUGUUACUCGGACUGGACUGUUUGAAUGCCUUCAAGAAUGAAAAUUUACUGUAUUAUCUUUUGAGGCGCCUUUGUUUUAAGAUGCAUAUGAUAUUAAUGUUCAAUACAGAGUUUACAGCUUAAGAUAUUAGUCAUGUGAUUUGCACCUUUUGAAACGUUGCUCCAUUGUCUUUCAAUUUCAUUACCUAACAAAGUAAUAAUCUCCUCACGUCUUUUGUAAUGUGUUAAGAAUAAACAUUUGUUUUUUUUCAACAACAAAAAAA